AUGAGUGAUUACAUUGCGAGCAGUGCUGCUCUUAGAAAGAAAAAGACCUUGAAAAAAUCAAUCAAUUUUUCAGUGAUGGUUGUGGGAGGUUCCGGAUCUGGAAGAUCCACAUUUAUCAAUAGCUUGUGUGACCAGCAAAUAGUUGACAUUUCUGCCAACAGGCUGCCUGGGCCACAAGAGUUUGAUCCUGACUCACCUCUGGGAUUUUUAUUCCAAUUGCGUCGCAGUAAUGUGGAGUUGGAGGAUAACGAAGGUGUGAGGAUCUCGUUGAACAUCAUUGAUACUCCAGGCUUUGGCCGUGGCGUGGAAAACCUAUCACAGUUUGAAGUAAUACUGAAUUAUAUCAAACACCAGUAUGACGAAAUUUUAAUUGAGGAGAGUAAACUGAAGCGUAAUCCCCGCUUUAAGGAUGGAAGAGUCCACUGCUGUCUUUAUUUGGUAGAGGCAACUGGACACGGAUUGAGAGAAAUUGACGUGGAACUCAUGAAGCAACUAAGUACGUUGGUUAAUUUGAUUCCGGUAAUCAGCAAGAGUGAUUCGUUGACAGAAACUGAGUUACAAUUGAACAAACGUCUGAUUAGAGAGGACUUGACAUUUUACGGAAUCCCAGUCUACGAUUUUAACGACGAAUUUUUCCAAAUUGACAAAGAAAGCGACUAUGAAAGUUACCAAAUUGCACAGUACCUGAAUAACAGUGUUCCAUUUGCUGUUAUGGGCAGCAACAAAGUUAUUGACUCGGCAGACCCUGCAACUGGACACCGCCGUGUUCGUGAGUACCCAUGGGGUCUGGUAGAUGUAGAUGAUAACGCCGUUUCUGAGCUAAGUGUGCUGCGCAAUACUCUUCUGAUUUCGCACUUGAAUGACUUCAAAGAAUAUACCCAUGAAGUUCUCUAUGAAAAUUACAGAGCCCAGGCCCUAGGGAACGACGAUCGAUAUGAAACGGAUGGUUUGAUUGACAGCAACAGAUCCCCAAUCAGUUAUUCACGAGACCAGUCACAGUUUGAUGCUGUAACAAAGCCAUUGGUUGCGGACUCCUAUUUGGCAAGGGAGGAACAAAUUAGACUAGAGGAAGAAAGGUUGAGAGUAUUUGAAGAGAGGGUCCAGAGCGAUCUCUUGCGGAAGCGCCAAGAACUCGAGGAGCGUGAAAAAGAGUUGGCAGAUAUUGAAAGGCGUCUUGCCUCUGGAGCAAUUGAUGUUUAA